UAAAUAAUUUUAAAGUGAGGCCUUACAAAAAUAAAGUAGAAGAUAAGAAAGAUAUGAAGAGAAAAGAAAAGAGACAAAUAAACUUCCCAUCUCCUUUGCUUUUGCUUCCCUUCACAUCUAAGCCCCCCCCUUCCUUUCCUUUUUCUCCUUACUUUUUUCUCUACCCUACUCAUCCAAAUUAAAUACACACACAAAAACAUCAAAAAACUAAAUUUUUAUUUUUGUUCAAUCUCAUCAAAGAUUCAAGAACAUGGGUUCUGUUGGAAACCAGAAUCCAUGGGCACCAUAUGAUACUUACAGAGACUGUUCUCAAGGAAUUUGCAGCAUAUACUGUCCUCAAUGGUGCUACAUAAUAUUUCCACCUCCACCACCUUUCUCUAUCGGCGACGCCGACGACGGUGAUUCCUCCGCCACUGAUUUUUCUCCUCUUAUUAUAGCUGUCAUCGGCAUUUUAGCUAGCGCUUUUAUCUUGGUAAGCUACUACACUAUCAUCUCCAAAUACUGCCGCCGGCGAAAUAAUUCCGAUGAGAAUAGCUUAGCUUAUAAUAAUAAUAAUGAUCGGAAUAGUAACACUAAUAAUGAACUUGUUACUGCCGGAUUGGAUGAGUCUCUUAUUAAAUCCAUUACUGUAUGCAAAUUCAAGAAAGGUGAUGGGUUCGUUGAGGGUACAGAUUGUUCUGUUUGUUUGAGUGAGUUUCAAGAAAAUGAUAGGUUAAGAUUAUUACCAAAAUGUAACCAUGCAUUUCAUCUUCCUUGUAUUGAUACUUGGCUUAAGUCUCAUGCCAGCUGUCCACUCUGCCGGUCUCAUAUUGCUUCCGCCGUUAUUUUGCCUCUCCAGCGGCAGCCGCCGGUAGUGCUGGCUGCUCCGCCGGUUAAUGUGUCGGUUCUUGAAUAUCAAUAUAGGGUUCAAGAUUAUGGUAGUAUACGUGUGGUUCAAGAUUUGCAGAGAAUUCAAGAAGAAGGUGUUGUUAGUGUUGUUGAAGUUGGUGAUAGUAAUCAAGAAAAUGAUGUAAUACCUAAGACAAGAAUUCCAGAAAAUUUUGUUAUACCAAAGCCAAGAAUUCAAGAAAAUUUUGUUAUACCACAGUCAAGAAUUCAAGAAAAUUUUAUUUUACCAAAACCAAGAAUCAUUCAAGAUAAUGUUAUAUCAAAGCCAAGAAUUCAAGAAAAUGUUAUUGAGAUUAGAGAUGAGACUGAUUAUGGUAUAAUUCAGCCAAUUAAAAGGUCAGUUUCAUUGAGUUCUUCUUCUUCUUCUUCUCCUCUAUGUGAAACUCAGGUUUCAAUUGCUGACAUACUACAAAUUAGUGAUGAUGAUGAUGAUAAUUUGGAAAUGAGAGAUUUAGUGAAAAACAGAAUUGGGAUGUUGAAUUUGGUUAAAAGUCCUAAUUUUGCUAUGACAAGAUCAAUUUCAACAGGAAGAUUUAUGUUUACAAGGUAUGAUAAAGGCAGAAGUUCAAUCAUUCCUAAUUAAUUUAACCAUUUUUAGCUUUUUUUAUUUUUAUAAUAUUUUUGCUUUUAAAUUUCUGCUUAAUGUAUAUAUCCAAUCCAUCAUUUUUUCUUUCUCUUGCUUUUGUAACAAAAGAAAAACCAUUAUAGAGAUCUUGCAUAUACAAUAUAUAUGACAGUGAUGAUGAGACUUGUACUUUCAUGGUGAUCUUAAUUUUGAUCCAUGUGCUUGCAUAUGUUCUAGAAAUUGAGAUUUCAUUUUGGUCU